UUAUCUGUCAGUCUCGGACACGAUCACGAAUCAGCUGGAAAAACAGACUCGCAAAAUUUAGCAAAGAACAAAAUUUCUGCAACGUUAUUUUUUAGAUAAAAAUCCACCGAAAUGGACGAUAACGAUGAGUUGGAAUUUGUGGAAGAAGAUUACUAUGCGUUCCUGAACGUGCCACGAAAUGCUACACCGGAAGAAAUCAGCAGUGCGUACAGGAACUUCAGUCGGAUGUAUCAUCCGGAUAAGCACACGGACGUUCGAAACAAGGAGAAAGCGGAAAUGAUGUUCAACCGCACGAAGAAAGCGUACGAGGUUCUGUCCGAUCCUCACCAGCGUGCGAUUUACGAUUCACUUGGAAACAAAGGCCUCCAGACGGAAGGCUGGGAAUUGAUCCAGCGGACGAGAACACCAGCAGAAAUCCGCGAGGAAUAUGAACGGCUUGCUCGGGAGCGCGAGGAACGGAGACUGCAGCAGAAGACCAACCCUCGGGGAAACAUCACCGUUCAGAUCAAUGCAACCGAUAUUUUCAGUCGGUACGAAGACGAUUACUACGACGACGGUGGACUGCUUCCUACGAUCGAGGUAUCGGGGAUGAGCAUGUCGCAGUCCAUCGAAGCGCCCCUCUCUCGUACGGACACGGCAACGCUUUCGGGCAAUUUGCACCUGCAGAAUGGGGUCGGGAGUGGUAACUUUCUGCUGUCCGGAAGAAGACUAAUCAACAAGGGUUGGUUCGAGGUGGACUGUGGAGCCGGUAGCGGGCCGGUGCUCGGACUGAAAGGUUCACGAAACCUCACCAAUCGGCUGUUCCUGAACGGCGGGACGACCGUGAACUUUCGGCAAAACGCAAUCAUUCCUGGGAUCGCUGGCACAUUGGCAAUUCAACUGGACAAACACACGGUAGGCUAUUUGACCUACAACGCCGGCUUGCAGAGUUCAAUGUCGACCACGAUUGAGCAUAGUACCGAAAAGUAUCACUACAACUUAAGUGCAACACUUGGAAUUCCCCAUUGCUACCUUACCGCCAGCUACACGAGAAAGCUGGUAGAGCAGGAACUCAAGCUGAGAGUGGCAUUGAAAGGUGGUACAUUUGGUUUCCUAGCAGAAUAUGGCGCUGAGAAGAAGGUCUCCAAAUACAGUUCAGUUGUAGCGACUGUGAGCGUGGGUGUUCCGACCGGUGUUACGUUAAAAGUGAAGAUCAUUCGCUCGACGCAAACGUACCUAUUUCCUAUUCACUUAAGCGAGGAAAUAAUCCCUGCGGCAAUCUUUUACGCAACCGUGGCACCUUUACUAACGUACUUCGUAGUUAAGAAGACCAUCAUAGAUCCAAUGAAUGAAGCAGCAAAGCACCGCAACAUUGAGAAAGUCAAGGAAACCAAUCGGUCACGCAUUGCGGAAAAACGUCGGGAAGCAGAGUCAGCCAUCGCUCUGAUGGGUGCCAUGUACGAACGGAUUCGCAAUGACGAACAAAAGCGAAAAGGCUUGGUAAUAGUGGCCGCUUCGUACGGAAAGUUCAAUGCCGAUGAGAACGUUUCAGUCGAACAGCGCGAUGAGAUGGGCUUCGUGCAGCACAACCCCAACGUUAUUGACGUUAGGAUUCCGCUACAAUGUCUAGUCAAAGAUUCUCGCUUGCAGCUGUACGGAUCGACAAAGAGUGAGCUUCCUGGUUUUUAUGAUCCGUGCUUUGGCGAGGAGAAGCUUCUCCGAAUUGAUUACGAGUUCCGAGAACGGUCCUAUACCGUCGUCGUAGCCGAUAACGAAGACAUCAAACUACCAGAAAACGGUCAAACGGUGCAGAGCUGAAUAUUUCAGCACGAAUAGAUUGCUUCCAAAGUUUGGCGCUGCAAUUUGAUUUGUUAACCAGUGCUGCACAUAGUGUUUUAAAUCUACGAGUGUAAAAUGUUCGUGUAAUUGGACAGCUAUGAGCGCCUAAUACGAAGACAACCAUGUUGUUUCUUUGUACAUAGUUGU